UAUCAAAGUUUCCUUACGAAAGGUGAGGAUACUUUAUUUACAUCGAUAUUUUAACCGCCGUGUUUGGUUUUUAUUGCACAUUUUGGUCAUAAGAUAUAUUCGGAAUAUUUUAACUUAAGAAUGUCCAGUCCUGUUAUCGGUGCUGUAAAGUCUAAAAUGCAAGGAAUGAAGCUUCAAAUUGACCAGCUUAAGCAAGAGUUAUCUACUAAACAAGCUAUUUUAAGGAAGGAGGAAGAAAAUAAAACCAAGGCUGAAGCUGAAGUCGCCUCAUUACAGAAGAGAAUUCGACAGCUUGAAGAUGAAUUGGAAUCUACCGAGACUCGUCUUCAAGAAGCUACUGUUAAGCUCGAAGAAGCGAGUAAAGCUGCUGAUGAAAGUGAUCGUGGUCGUAAAGUAUUGGAGAAUCGUACUUUCGCAGAUGAAGAACGUAUCAAUCAGUUAGAAGAACAAUUAAAAGAAUCUACAUUUAUGGCUGAAGAUGCUGAUCGAAAAUACGAUGAGGCGGCUCGUAAGCUGGCUAUCACGGAAGUGGAACUCGAACGGGCUGAGUCUCGAUUGGAAGCUGCCGAAAGUCGUUUAAAGGAGCUUCAAUCAAUUAUUCACGGUACAAUGGGUCAGUUAAAAUCUUUAGAGCAUCAAGAAUCUCAGUUAAAUAAACAACGUAGUCUUCAUCAAUCUCAACUUGCCUCUUUAUCAAAACAAUUGAUUGAGGCUGAACGACGUGUUAAAGAAGCAAGUCAUCAAGAGGAGAUGAAACAAAUAGAAUUGUGCAAAUUAGAAGAAACAUUGGAAGCUGAACAAUUAAAUCAUACGAAUCUACGUCGUGAAAUGGAAACAAUGUUUACUGAAGUAGAAAAUAUCUAAUCAAUAGUUUACUAUUGACAGAAAUAUUUUGUUAUUUGAAUACUUUUCAAAGGAACUAAUCAUGAUAAUGCCCCAGUUACAUACAAAACAGAUCGUAUAGUUAUACAACUGUAUACAUAUACAUAAGCAUGAGAUGAUCAGUUAGAUAAUGCUAUGAAAAAUUUACAGCAUGAUAUCUUUUGGUUUGUUUUAUGCCUAACUUCUAUUGUCUACUGAAUAAUGCUCCUUUCUUUUUCCAACCCCUGCCUCCUUCUCCUCCUCCUCCUCAUCCCCACACUUUUGAGAAUGUGUCUUGAAGAUUUCCUCUUGGAAAUACUACUGUGCUGUUACUAUUAUUUCUUAUCAGUAUUACUUCAAAUGUGUGCUUUGUUUUCGCCUUGUGUUUUUGUUAUUGUUGUGUAUGGUCUUAUUGGUGAAGAUUUUGAUCUUGUAGGAUGUUAUGCUAUUCUCUUUUGGUAAAACAGCGCCUAUUUAUACUUUCUCAUAGGCUACUCUCGUUGUUUUUCUGUGUUUUGUUUUUGGUUCCAUAAUAUCAGUAUUUUUUUCUAUACUAACUCCCCUUCUAUUCUCUGUUUGUCUACCAUCCUCAUAUACAAUUAGUGCCUGUUUUUACCCAAAUGAUUUCCAUUGUUUAUACGUGCAUUAUGUUUUUCAUUUGUUUCCAUGCUCGUUUAUUUACAUGGUGUGUGUGCGUGUGUGUGUGUGUGAAUGUGAGUGUUUGAGCUUUUGCAUAGUGUCAUUAUUAGCCUUAUGUAAUCGGAACAAUAAUUGUUAAUAUAGUAAACAAUUUGUAAUCAAGUACAC